ACCGCCCGGGCGGGCUUUGGAGACGACUUGGACCCUGGCUCCCAUUGGCCACUUUAGCGGACUCUCUCUCCUUCGUCUCUUCGAGGUUCAUCUCAACAUCCUCCAGCAACACCAACCACCCACUCAGAACUCUUACUCAACAAAACAACUCCCAGCUUCAAGAUGGAUGACUCUAUGGACAUCGACCCCGAAAUAGCCGCAGCAAUGGGCUUCGGCUCCUUCGGCAACCAAGUCAAGAAACGAAAAUACAACCACGACGACGCUUUUACCGGUGAUUCCAACGACAAGCUGCGUCAAAAAGAAAGCUCGUCAGGCGCAAACACGGUCCAGCUCGGCGUGCGGCAGAAAAAGAAGUCACCUGACCCCCCCGAUGAAGGAGAAGAUGCCCCUAAUCCUAACUUUUCGCAUCCCGACUCCACCAAUUCUGAGGCGAAAGUGAAAGCACGGAGAAAGGGAAAGGGAAAGGGAAAGGGAAAGGGAAAGGGAAAGGGAAAGGAAGAAACGUCGUCAGGCCUCGCCGCAUUCCUGCAACGCGCGAAGGAGAUCCCGGAUCGGCCACUACCUACUAUGGAGGGCGUGCUGCCGAGUGUGAACGCAGCUUCAACUAGUCUUCAGCCGAACGCAUCACUACCUGCCAGACCACCAACGUCAGUUCCCGAGGAGGAGGCGAGCGCUUCGGGUGGCAACGAUCUGUACAGGCUAGCGAGGGGAGUCAAGAAUGCCCACGGGGACACGUUCUACUUCCUCCCCAGCUUUAUCGAGGAUCCGUGGAGGGGGCUGGAGGGGAAGGGAUGAGUCCGACUUCGACUAUUUCUCUUUUCUUUUGGUUCAUCGGCUUUACGCGACCGACAGGCCGUAGGACUUGCAUUUCUUCCGCGGAAGGAAUAUAUACUCUGUACUAUAGCAGCAAAGGGCACGAACCACUGCACCUAAUCACAGCGCCACACUCU